AUGGGACCAAAAAAGGAACAGGCGCCCGAGAAAAUCCCUCUGGGACGACCGGGAAACAACUUGAAGAGUGGUAUCGUUGGUCUUGCUAAUGUCGGCAAGUCGACGCUCUUCCAAGCCAUCACCAAGUGCUCCCUUGGUAACCCUGCCAACUUCCCCUAUGCCACCAUCGACCCUGAGGAAGCUCGUGUCAUUGUCCCAGAUGCUCGUUAUGACUGGCUAUGCGAACAAUAUAAACCCAAAUCACGAGUCCCUGCUAACUUGACCGUGUACGAUAUUGCUGGUCUUACACGAGGCGCCUCCACUGGUGCUGGUCUUGGAAAUGCUUUCUUGUCUCACAUUCGCGCUGUCGAUGCCAUCUUCCAGGUGGUUCGAUGCUUCGACGAUGCUGAGAUUAUCCACGUCGAGGGUGAUGUCGACCCAGUCCGUGACUUGAACAUUAUCAGCGAGGAGCUCCGUCUUAAGGACAUCGAGUUCGUCGAAAAGGCUCUAGAGAACCUUGCCAAGCAGACCAGGAGAGGAGGCCAGUCUCUGGAAAUGAAGAAAUUGAAAGAAGAAGAAGCCACUGUUGCUAAAAUUCUUCAAUUGCUCAAGGACGGAAAGGACGUCCGUAAGAACGACUGGACACCAAAAGAGGUUGAAGUGAUUAACCCUCUCUUCCUCUUGACGGCCAAGCCCGUCGUCUACCUGGUCAACCUCAGCGAGAAAGACUAUCUCCGCCAGAAGAACAAGCACUUGCCCAAGAUUGCCGAAUGGGUCAAGGAGCAUGCUACUGGCGACCCUAUCAUUCCUCUUUCCAUCUGCUUCGAAGAGCGAUUGACGCGUUUUGAAACCGAGGCCGAGGCCGAGGAAGAGUGCAAGAAGCUUGGAACAAAGUCGGCGCUACCCAAGAUCAUUGUGACCAUGCGUAACGCUCUUCAACUUGGCAGUUUCUUCACUUGCGGUAGCGACGAAGUCCGUCAAUGGACCAUCCGCAAGGGCACCAAGGCUCCACAGGCCGCAGGUGUCAUUCACACAGAUUUCGAGAAAACUUUCAUUCAAGCGAUCGUUUUCAACUACAACACCCUCAAGGAGCUUGGUGACGAGGCGGCUGUGAAGGCUGCUGGAAAGGUCAUGACUAAGGGCAAGGAAUAUGUUGUUGAGGACGGCGAUAUCCUCCUCAUCAAGGCAGGUGCUGCCAAGAGCUAA